CCCCAGAACGUUGGCGCCUUGCGCAGGUGAUCGACAGGACGAGCGGCUCGGGUAGCGCAGGCGCAGUAGCUCCAGCAUCGCUUCCGGGACGACGCCGUAGGACUCCUUUGGCGCGGGCAGCAGGGACGGCGGCCGGGAGGGCGCGACCUCGCGCUCCGUUUUCCGGGACCCGGCUGCGCCAUGCGUUACAACGAGAAGGAGCUGCAGGCGCUGUCCCGGCAGCCGGCCGAGCUUGCGGCCGAGCUGGGCAUGCGGGGGCCCAGGAAGGGCAGCGUGGUGAAGCGGCGGCUCCUGAAGCUGGUGGUCAACUUCCUCUUCUACUUCCGGACGGAUGAAGCCGAGCCCGUGGGCGCCCUACUACUGGAGCACUGCAGGAUCACCCAGGAAGAACCAAGCGGCUUCUCCAUCAGCUUUCUGGAGGACCCAGAGAGGAAGUACCACUUCGAGUGCUGCAGCGAAGAACAGUGUCAGGAGUGGAUGGGGGCUCUGCGUCGAGCCAGCUACGAGUUCAUGCGGAGGAGCCUCAUCUUCUACAGGAACGAGAUCCGGAAGAUGACCGGCAAGGAUCCCCUGGAACAGUUUGGCAUAUCCGAGGAGGCCAGGUUCCAGCUCAGCAGCUUGAAGGCAUGAUGAGUCUGGGGUCCGGGCUCAGCUUUCCCACUGUGGCUGGAAUAAGCCCUCCCCACCAUUGCCAGGUCCUGGGUUUCCUGGCUGACCCUGGAUCUGUGUGGAGAGGUGUUUGGCUGUAAAAAUUUCAAGAGCCUGAGGCUGGUGGAGUUGGGCAGGGACUCCCUUUUUGGAAGAACCACCCAGCGAGCCCCCCUCCGUGUCUCUGGACCCACUGGACUGGGCUCACACCUUUUGGUGCCACACAUGUGUGCCAGGAGCUGUGCCUGGCGGCUGCUGUGCCAUCCAAAUACACAAAGCCAGAUGAUGCUGUGAAGGGCAUGGGCCCUGCCUCGUGGGUCAUGCCCCACCUGGUGGUGGGGCCACAGUGCCUCCCCUAGAGGAGCAUUUGCUUAUUGUUAAAAUAAAGGUACCUCUUUUCCACG